GGUGAAAGAGCGGGAGAGCCACUGAGUGGAGCGGUGGAGCCAGGUGGAGCCACCGCAACCUAUGACCGCGCCAACCGCGCAGCUAAGGAGCCGCAACCGAGCAACAGCCUAUUUCUGUUUACAUCAUAACGAUGGCGACCCUGGAAGAUCGGAUUUUGGGCGAGAAACUGGAAUGCUACUGCAGCAGCAGCGAAGACGAGGACGAGGCCAGCGCACAGUCCAGCGAUCCGGACGAAAACGCCAGGACCGGUGCACGGGCUUCCGCGGACGUUCCUCCCGUCGAAGUACGGCAAUGGGAAGGCUGUUCCGUCAAUACUGGUCCGAAAGGAGUGUUGAAGGACUGGCAGCGCUUCAAGCAGUUGGAGAGUGAGAAGCGGGAACAGCAGGAGAAGGAGCGACUUCAGCUCAUCAAGAAGCUGUCGCUCACUUGCAAAUCUGACCUCGACACAGAGAAGCGACAAAAGGAAAAGGAAGCGGCGUUGGACGAACUACAGGAAGAGGAUGACGACUUUCUGCAGGAGUACAUGCUCAAGCGGAUGGAGGAGAUGAUGUCACAGAUAAAUGCCAGACCAAAAUUUGGACACCUUAUCUGCUUGGAAGACGGCCAGGCGUUCCUGGAUGCAGUGGACAAGGAAAAGACCGGCGUCACCGUCGUCAUUCACAUUUACUCCGAGGGCAUACAGGGUUGCCAGACGAUGAACGGCUGCCUCCGCUGCCUGGCAGAGGAGUGUCCCCAGGUCAAGUUCUGCAUCGUGGAGGCCUCCGCCGCCGGCAUGAGUCGGCACUUUGAGCGGAAAGGUGUGCCCGCGCUCUUGGUGUACAAGAAUGGGAACCUCAUUGGGAACUUUGUGCGGCUCACAGACGAGUUUGGAGACGACUUCUUCGCGGUGGACGUCGAGGCCUUCCUUGUCGAGCACGGGUUUCUGCCGGACCGAAGCCUGGUGCCUUCCAACGAGAAUCCUAACCUGCGGCAGGCGGCAGACGACGACAGUGACUCCGAAGACCACUGACAACUCACCCACUCCGCCACCUCUCGCAAGAUUGUUUGACUUCCUCGUGGCACGUGCGCCUCCCAGCGUGACGUAGGAGCGCUUCGACUCCGGCAGUCAUUUGUGUGGCUUGGCGUCGGGAAAGGAGGUAUGCGCAACACCUCAGUUCUGUUUCGUCUGUGGCCAUAAAAUUUCGGCCGGUUUCGAAAGACUGCGAGACGACGGUUAAAAAAUGCGGUUUGGGCGUUACCGGACGGCUACUGCGGGCCUGCAAGCAACUUGAUUAGUUGAUGCAGUGGCUUUAAGUACUGCUGCAGCAACUCUGAGCUGAAUUACCGUUUAUUUGGUACUAUCGUGAAUGUGUUUGAAGCGUCCUGAGGCCGACUUCAUGCGGAGCAACUUUUUCCGGCGUCUUCGCGUUGCAUCGGCUGCAACUCCCGUCUGCUGCGUUCAUGCAUGGCGACUGCCGACACACCGAUGUGCUAAGUUUUUGUUGUCGUCGUUAAAUGCUCUUUAAAUGCAAGUUCAAGGAGUACUAACAUGUUUUCAUACCUUCGUAUAGCAUUAUGAAUACUGGCCAAUUGCCCCGAAGUCAUUAGUCUGCGUAAGCGAUCCACGGGAAAUGACGGCAGAGCCAAACCCUGUCUUUGUUGUCAUCAUCAUCAAAACGAAGGUUUCGUGUGAAAAUGUCAUAUUCCCGAUUGGUUGCCAAUGUCUUCAAAUGCAUGAUGCGACAAUUUUCAUUCUUUCAAUGCAUACCGCUUCGAACUAUUCCUCGACAUUCGUAACCUACGUAACACACAUUAGUUGUAGUUUUUUUCUCCUCUCAAUGGCAGUCGCAGAAAACGUUUGAAAAAAACAAGCAGCGUUCACCCCCUCAACUCGCAGCCAGAACAGGUGGCCAGAUGACCUGGGGCGGGCAAAGCACAGGACACGCGCUGAGUUCCACGCAUUGUUAGGGUUCGGCCAUUCCCGUCAUUGCGGCGAUUGGGCGCGAUCCACUAUCCAAGUGCACGUCGAAGCAUCGACUGUCACGAGCCCAAAUCGAAUGCUCGCACAGCGCUCUUGUCCAAUGUCUUAGCCACAUUUAAAUAGUGCCGUCGCUGGGAUCGCAAAGCUCGACGACGAAGUUUCGGGGGUCGCAUUGUUGACAACGCCAACAAUGCUGUCCCCACAGCUUCGUCAUCAAGUUUUGCAAAGGAGAGACUGAAAGAAAAGGUCUGCUUCUAGCCUUUAAAUUGUGCGGCGACAGGGAGCUUCAUGGUAAGUGGUGUUGCGCGCAAAUAUACUUGGGUCCCUCUGGCUAGUGCCAGUAAGCAUGUGUAAAGUGAGAAACAUUCCUUCCCAUUAUCGUUGCAUGGCCCCUCUAGCAGGCGCGAGUUGCGGCGGUUGAUUUGUCUGCCUCGAUUCAAAUCGAUCCCGGUAAUUAGUGUCGCAGUAGCCCAAAACUCGUCGGCAACCCCGGGGUUGCAGGGAAAGUUGUCCCUCCUCAAGUCGGCUUCGCAUUCACCUUCCGACCUAUUUUUCUUUUCUCCGAUUUUGUUUUUCGAGAACAAUGUCCGUUUAGAAAAACAUAUAUACGGUCCUACCUUCAUCUGAAAGCAAAAAGAUGGACCUAUUGUAUGAUAAGUAAUUACUGUACAACUAUUGAAUUUUGUCCAAAGGAUCGUUGCUUUCAUCGGGGUCCGGGUCCCGGUGCAUCACACUGGCAUGCUUCAUUGCCACUCUGUGAAGUGUUUCCUCUCCCUGAUAUGAACAUUGUACUGGUUAUACAAGCAAGCAUUAGUAGUAAUGGCAUUGAAUGAUUUAUGAGUCUUAUGUGAGAGACUUGGGAGUGUGAGAGGGUGAUCAAGGUUAUUCGUAUGGUUUUAAGGUGAAAGCCUUACUUGUCCUAUUAUGUGAAAAGGCGUCGGCGUUGUACCCGAAAGAUGGUCAUAAAAAUAUGCCAUCAAGCAGGCGCCGCUCAAGGUCAAAGUGGACGCGCCUUAGAAAUAAAACAAAGAAAAGCACAGCAACGCAGAUGCUUCGUCACGGAAGCCGUCGUGAAGCCGGCAUAUUCACCGCGCCUGCGCAGUGGGGGAGCGUGAUGUCACCGCCGGAGCGCCGUGUGAAAAAAGGAAGACGUGGCACGCUGCUUGUUGGAAUGCGCUGCGUAUAGGAAUGCUUUCGCAUUCCUAUGCGGAAGCAGUCUCAAAUGUCUUUGCCGAAUUUUUGUUUGUGCACAUACAUCUAGCGUGAAUGAAGUCAUGGCGAGUACUAGAAUCACUCUCGAACUUGCCGAUUCCAUCCACCUGCGACAGCCUGAUUGACCACUGGUAUCGAUUGAUAUCGAUUGAUACCCAUUAUUUGGAGCAGGUGGUCAUACUUUAGGAAACCCAUGGAGUCGAAAGUGACAUUGUCUGAGUGUGUGUUCUUUCUCCCUGUAAGCACAAGUUGUGAAUGAGGUCGUAUUGUACAUAUGACAUUACAGUUGCAGAGGGCCUUCGAUUUUCUAUUGUUGGACAGGCGGUUUUUAGUAUCAGUUAUGGAAGGCAUCAUUAUCGAGGCUCGUUUUUGCAGAAUGUUUCAAUGGUGAAAAGGUAUUACUAUGCCAAAUGGUACUAUAUUCGGGGACAGGUUAGGAGUAAAGUGGAAGCUCCUCCUACCUCCCUCUUUACACCAAAGCCUCUCGCGGCGAUUAAUUUACUCAUAAAGUCGUACAGAUUCAUGGUGGAUUCAAAUGGUUGACACUAUCUAUUGACAUUGGCGCCAAAGAUUUGCAGUCUCCCAACUUCAGAAUCUCAUCUUCAGGUUCACUUGUGUCAUGGAUGAACCAUUGCCGCGACAGUUUGUAAACCAGACGGGCAUCUUUAAUUUAUGUUCCACGGCUUGUCGGUUGUUUUGUGGUUUCUUUUUCUUGCGCGGUGCGCAAGGAAGCGUGUGUUUAUUGGGGUCCUUUCUCGCCAUUAAUGUUCCUUUUUUUGUACUCGACUGUUUGUACUUAGGAUGUACCUUUGGGCUUCUGAGACUGGUGACGAAAUUUGCUGAAUCCUUUUACAACCUUAAGGAGAGCAAAAAUAAAUGGAAAUGAAAGCCAGCUUUGUCACAGGAACUCUAGCUGUCUGCAGAUAUUGGGCACUAUUCCAUACCUGUGGAACAGUGUCCUUUGUUAUUUGUUUUUGUGCACAGUGUGGAUCAUGUUUCAUGAUGUCAAAGGCCCGAGAGAAAAAUCUGCGACAGGUUGUUAAUUGCAUCUUCAAUUCCAACCUUUUAGCAUCUCAAAGAAAUGAAGAAGUGUCGUGUGGUGUUCCCCGCAAUUAAUUUCUGUUCAUUUGUAAAUGUGUGACCAAUUUAUUUCUUGUUUUUAUGGAAUAUAUUUUCUUCUUUUUGAAGUGCUUUUUUAAAAAUCUUAUUGGAGCCUUUGUGAUCCAAGCUAACUACAUUAUUGCUUUUGUAGAUCUGUAUGAAUUGCUUUCUUCAGUCCACAGCAAACGGCUUUCUUUCAUUUUGAUUUAUUGCAUGACUGCUUAGUAAAAAAGCCAAGUAGUAAUCUGAAUCACACUUUUUUUUCUUCAAAAGACUAUGAUUGCAACGUUAAGCUUAGAAAUUGAUGACUAGGAAUUCAAAGCAAAUUAUUUAGUCUCCUAAAUUGACACAUAGUUCCUGUUUGUUUUGUUAGUUAUGGGAUUGGUUGAAACAUUCAAAAUUGCGGAUUUGAAAUGUUUGUUUUGCACUUUGCAACUUAUUCCUGAUUGACAGCUCACAUUAGACACAAUAUACACCAUUAAAAGUAUAUGACAGUAAGAAAAGAGGUCUGACACAGCAUGCACUCUUGUCUACAAGUAUUUGAGCCUUUUAUUGAGAUUGUAUGGCCAAAUAUUCAAAUGGCAGGAGGUUUCCAUUUUUGGCAAGCAAUGCUUAAUAGGGUAAGGCUUUAUUCAGAACGUUUCAUAGAAUGACAUUUCAGAGAAUGACUGGAGUCAUUUUUAGAAAUCAUCUCUGUCAUGUAAAUAAAAAAAAAUCAAGCAAAGAGAGAACGAAAGAAAAAGGCUGCACAUAUUGAUUUUUAUUGUAUACAAACGCAGUGAGCCGCUCACUAAGUAGCGACGAAGCUGCGGCAAGUUCCUUAGAUGGUGCAAGCCUUGUGAAGCAUGCUAUGUAUGCACCACAGCUGCAAAACCAUCGUUCGAUCAACAUCAUUCGCCGAGGUGAUGGCGACCCACCUUUGGUGCUCGCAGCAAACGUCGAUUUGAACUGUUUGGUGUGAUGCAGUGCGGCAGUUUCGUAAGCGGGUUCUCCAAGGUUCUGCACAUGUAUACACUUUUGUACUGAAGUUGGAGGUCUUACCACUGCUGUUUUGUACUUUGCUCCAUGCCCUCUCGGAAUAAAGCGACCAAGAAGUUUCA